AUGGUGAGAAAGCUUAAAUAUCAUGAGUCAAAAUUAUUGAAAAAAGUUGAUUUUGUUGAUUGGCGUCGUGAUAAAGGAAUUAGAAAAGCAGGAAUUAUGGCUCGAUUUCACAUUCAUGAUGAAAGUGAAUUUGAAGCUUAUGAAAAAGCAGUAUUAAAUUUAAGAAAACUUAGUUUUUUGUUACAAAAAUUACCUAAAGAUGAUGCAUUUCGUAUGGUAUUAACAAAAAGAAUUUGUGACAGGUUGUUUGUUUGA